UUCUAACGGGGCAUAGUAGGGUUAGCAGUCACAAAGGAUAUUUAAAACUCCAACGCAGAAGAAGGAAGUGAAAGAGACAGUCAGAGCAGUUGUGAAGGCAGCACUCACAAUGGCGGCUCCAAUUCUGUCUUUCCCGAUUCCACUCACAGAAAAUCGAACAACGGUUAUAAGAACUUGAUUUUUAGUGAUUCUCCUCAGGAACGGAUACAUCAGAAGAAGAAGUGAAGGCAGCACUCACAAUGGCGGCUCCAAUUCUGUCUUUCCCGAUUCCACUCACAGAAAAUCGAACAACGGUUAUAAGAACUUGAUUUUUAGUGAUUCUCCUCAGGAACGGAUACAUCAGAAGAAGAAUCGCAUGAUUGCGACAUCAUCAAUAAAAAUAAUACACAAUAGAUAUUUUAAGGAGAGCGCGAGAGAUGUAAUAGCAAACUGAGUCGUGUGAGCAGAGGUAUAUUGGCUUCCAUUAAUGGUGAUGAGGUUGCCGUGAUUCAGGCAGAGGGCAGAAUUUUGAAAUUUUCUUAGGUGUUGUAUUUCCUCAUUGCAUAUGGCACUGGUUGUGGUGGUGCUUGUAAUUUGGUAAUUUUGUGAAGAACUGCUUGGAUUUGUUGUCUGUUCUCAAGCCCCUGACCCUCGACUGCAUGAGUUACAGCUCUCUUACAAAGGUCGUCCUCUAGUCAGUUUUCUUUUUCUUGUUAUACUCCAGUCCUGUUGCCUCCGGUGUUCGUCGAAUCUCUUUCUAGUAUUAAAGAACACGAGUAGGGGGAUGGGGCUCUCUUUCUGGUUCUCUCUGCAUAUAUAGGCGUUUUCUUCUAGGAAUUGGACUGAGCUCUGUCAGUGUCUGCGUAGUCUCCUUUUAAUCUACCUGCUCCCGAUGUCCGAUCUCGCUACCAGUGGAAUGGCAGAAAUGAAAGAGAAGUCACCUUUGCCGAUGUAUAGCGAAGAGGGAGAGACGUCGACAUCUGCUGGAAUUUUGUCACUGCAUAUUCAAAAUGAGGGUGAAGGUAUGAAUGCAAGCGCAGUUGUGGAAACGCUUUCUCCUAAUCUGUUUCGGGUUAUGCGCAUUGUCUCAGACAAGCAGGAUUACAGCUUUGUUGAAAAGGUUCAGCUUCCGCACACUGAAGUUCUGAGCCUCUGUAAUAAGCUUGUGCCCUCUUCGGCUUCUGCCUACCUAGGUGAGCCCCCGCGCAUUAGUAUCAAUUUCAAUUCACUAAAUCAACAAUGCUUACCUGCAGUUGGGUUCUAUGGAGACAAGACCAUGAUCACACGCAUUUUCAGAAAGGAAAGUCUGGUGGAUGGCUGUGUUCUUGCAGAGAUGGAAGGAAGACUGUUGGAGCCUGGAUUAUAUGUCAGUCUUCCUGAAGAAGGAUGCACCGUGGUGGUUUUCUACUGGCAUGAAGGUGAGCAUUUUAAGCAGGCCUCUAGGAAAGACGCGUCUUGCAAUUUCAUCAGGUACCUGGUUGAACUUUGUGAUAGUGUGUAUGUCUGUAUGGAGGGAAGCUAUCCUUUUCAAGCUCUGGCUGCCUCUGCAACAAGCGCUAGCUCAAAAGCUAAGCGCACCAGAAGGAUUCAAGUCUCAAGUGUGAAGAACUCCGAGAAUGACGUGGAGCUCUUCCCUGGAUAUAGUCUCAGAAUUGACGGAGGAGCGAACGGUAGGAAAUUUUCGGCAGGAGCGACUGCAAAUGUUGCAGCUGUCAACAAUUAUUAUAGAACAGUGGUAUUCUGUGAAGGGUAUCAGCAUUGUUGUUUCUUGACAACAGAGAAAAGAAGUCCACGGACUUCUAAAAAACAAGAAGAGCUGUCUAUGAAAGCUUCUGAGUUUGCCAAUACGCUUAAAACCUGGUCGUCGGCGUGUAAUGUUGAUUACUCUAGACUGAGUAAUGAACAAUUCAUAAAUCUCCUUGAAUGUUGUCAGCCGCAAGAGCUUGAAAAGCACUCAAAGUUGAAGGAAUCUUUGAAGAUGAGAGAGUCAGCCAGGAGCUUUGCGCAAGUGGAGGAUUUUGAAAGAUGUUUUCUUCAAGUUCUUCCGGAAUUUUGCAAUCAUGUUCUCCUUUUCCUGGGCGGCCGAACCAGCACAGCAAAUGAUUUAGACGGGCACACAAAUUUAGAGAACACAAAAGAGUUGUAUUCAUGCUCUGACAUGGAGGUUGACGGCAACAAAUUUGAUGAAAUGCAUCGAGAACUUUCAAUGAUUUUGGCAGGGGAGGAUGCCGUUUGUAAUGGAGAUCAGAGGGUGUUGUUGCUGGGAUCAGAAAUAAAAUUUAUACGUAGUGACUGGGAGCACAUGAUUACCGUUGAAGGCCCGAGUCAAGGAAAGGAUACAUCGCCCUUUAUCCGUUAUGGACAAGAAGUUGAUGCCAAGUGCUCUCCUCAGUGCCCCUGCUCCAGAAAGAUAAGUGGAAAGGCGAAGUUCCUGCAGCCUGUGAACGAACAUAAAGACUUACCAUUCUCAGGUGAUAAAGUUAAAUUUCUUCUGUCUAUUCCUGCCAAAUCCGGUAAUAAUGACAAGAAGGAAAUAGAAGGAACUGUUUAUCUUGUUAAUAAGACUGCUUCUUUUUCUGCGAUUCGUAGUUGGGUAGAAAACAUGGUUCCUAUUGAAUUGAGGAGCCUGGAAAGAAAUAUAGUUUUCACUAGCUUCUUGUUGGGCUCUCACCAGUCUCUUGCUUUGACAUUUAUGGAAGAACAUCUGACAACCCAAAACAAGCGCAGUCUGCCACGCAAUAUCCAAUCUGAAUUUGAAAAGUUCUCUAAUGCCCAGCCUGCUCGGCCCACAGUUGAUCAAGAGGCCCUCUUAUCUCACGACACUCUCAAAAAAGUGUGUUGUCAAGUCUACAAGGACCAGGAACGCAAGUUCAAGGAGAACAUAAAGGAGUUGUCAGCUCUUGUGUUUAAGAAGAAGAAGGUGAACUUGGGCAAGGCGGAGCAGAGGCGAUCCAGAGAAGCCGAGGAUGAGUUUUUACAGGAAUAUAAGAAAAAGAUGUCCACGGUAAACAAUGACAACUUGGUGACCAGGUAUAUUGAAGAAGUAAGGACCACUAAACCUUCGUGGUAUUCAUAUUCGCGUCAAGUGGAGCUGAAGGUGAAGCUGUCGAUUGAGGAGGAACAUCCGUUCGCCAUUGUUUACAAAGUUUGUGAAUUGAUUCCAAUGAGAAAAGACAUAUCUGAGUUUAAUAGCAACUGUGGGCGUCCAAUUAUCCCAACAUACGGAGAAUCAGUAGAGUUAGCAACCAUUAAUCCUCAGCAUGAAAGAUUAUUUAAGGUUGUCAUCCUUAAGUCGGGAGAGCUGAUGGUUUUUCUUCACAAUUUUACAGAUCCCUCGUUGAGUCUGUACCGUUAUCCCAAAGUAGGUUUCAACAACAUGGGCCCUCCUAUUCAUACAUUCAGAAGGGGAUUCGAUUUGUUGGCUGUAGAUGAAGCUACCAGAUCCAUGGCUCUCUAUGAAAAAGAAAGGUCAAAGACUGUAAUAUAUAAGUUUGAUGAGUCAUUUCGGAAGGUCUACUGGACUGGAGUUGAGGUUAAUUUAGAAUCAUAUAAGGGGAGCAAGAUCAUUACAUGGAUGCAUUUAAUUCCGGGGAAAAUGGAGCUGCUCUUGGUUGAUGACACCAACAAAGCAAGAGUGGCUGAAAUCCACGAGAGGCCUAUGAUGAGGGCAAAGCAUAUCUCUCUUCCUUCGCAGCCACACUCCUUGAGAGCAUGCGUUUCUGUUGACGGCUAUUUCUUCAUUGUCUUCAGGCAGUUGCAACGUCAGGGUGAAGAUUUUGAUAUUAAGGGCGCAAGGCAUGCAAGUCCUGAAAACAUGCUUGACAUUUAUGUUUUGGGUGACACCAUGAGCUACUUGAAGACAAUCCCUUUGAAUGCAAGAGAAUGCAGCAUAUCUGAUUUGGAACAACUCGAGGCGAAAUUUACGGUCUUUGGAUCACAAAGUCAGCUUUUGCUAUAUAGCCUUGUCGAUGCUCCUGAUUGUAUCCUAUCCCAUGUCCUGAAAACUGCUUUAGCUAGAGAAGUUGUGCAGUUGCAGCAAGUAGAUCGGAUUAAAGCUCCUGAAGAUGAAACAGAAAUCACUGGGUCGUGCCCCUAUUUGGGUUACAUUUAUCACAUUUUCGACAAGUUUGCAAUAACACCUAAGUUGUUUCCAGAUGCUAAGAAGUGCAUUGCAUUCAAAGUGGUACUGGAGAGUAGUAGAUCAGUUAACUGCAAUGGUGAGGGAUGUGUCACUUAUUUAGAAGCACUUGUUAGACAACUGAAGGCCGGAAAAGACAAAGAUUUUUCAGGUAUGAAGAUUCAAUUUGAAGUUAAUAAUGUAGAGAAUUGCUCAAUUUCAGCUGUAGCAGAGCAGCAGAAACAUGUGAAAAUGGGAAUGUGGGUUCGGAAGCUUGUUUCCCUCGUUCCCAUCCAAAUAGCUCGUGCAGAAAACAAUGCAAUGGUAGCUCUUAAGGAUGGACUUCAAAUACCCCCUGAUGUUAGCUAUGUGGACAGCAUAUCACUUGCUUACUCUAUACGCUUUGGGUUCUAUGAUGCGGUUCUAAGCAGUUGGAAGGGCAAGAUUAAGGUCAUAUCUUCCAUGGGAAAGCAAAGUAGCGGAAAGUCAUAUUUGUUAAAUCAUCUAUCUGGGUCUCUUCUUGAUGUUGCAGGUGGCAGAUGCACAGAUGGUGUGUGGAUGACCAUUGCAACGGGCGAAGACGGAGAUGGCAGCGAGGGAAGCAGCUGCUUGUAUGUGCUCUUAGACUUCGAGGGGCUCGGCAGUUUUGAGAGAAGUGAACAAGAGGAUAUGCUUCUCUCUGUUCUCAACGCCGCUGUCAGCAACAUCACAAUAUUCAACAAAAAGGAUUUUCACUUAGAUAAGGACACAGAAGCCGCUUUCAGCCGGUUCCAGAGUGGGAUCAACUUACUGAAGCAGGACAGAAAGUUAUUUAAAGGUCUAUUUUACAUUGCCAUCAAGGAUGUGGACACGUCCGAUGUAGAAGAUCUUAUGCAAGAAUUUCAUCAGAAGAUUUCUCAAAUAUGCAGCAAAUCGCAAGAGAAUUUCAUUUUAAAAAUGUACGACGGGAAGGUCGAGAUUGCUGCUAUGGCUCCUUAUAAUAGAUCUGAGUAUUACAGAGAGAGCUUGAGUGAGCUAGCAGAAACGGUGGCAGAAAGAAUCGAUUCUUGCUAUGCCAGUGGUAUCACCUUCAUGAGGGAUCUGAAGCUUAUUAUAGCUCAAAUUGCAGCCAAAGACUGGACCUCUAUUGACAGCAAGCGAGUUGCUGUGACAGUUGAUAUUCUGAGGAGAAAUCUUAUGUCUGCGGUCCACGUGGGAUGCCUUUCUGUGACAAAUGCAAAUGAAGAAUUACGGGUAUUGGAUAAUUUCGACACACAGGAAGAAGUUCUUGAUUUUCCUGUUGUUGUCGGUGAUUCUUCAUGGAACAUAAGAGAUUCAGGAUUGUAUCUCUCGCCGUGUACAGAGUCAGAAACUCCACUUACUAUAAGAGACAUUUUUUCUGAAGUCGGGUCAAAACUAGAGAUGGUUUUACCCAGGAACGGUAGCAACGGCGAGGAUUGGCAUUCUUCAUUUGAGAGGUUCUUGGAGGCACUGGCAGACAGAAGGCACGCCAGAGUUCAACAGUGGAUAAGUUCAAACACCACAGACUUCUCUGAUAAUGAUGAGGUGCAAAGAUUGCAACUAGAGGCUGAUGUAGCUCUUGGCAAAGUAAAGCAAGGGCUAAUAGUUUGUGGAUGUAAAUGUUCCGUUUGCUUCUGGAGGUGUGUGAUGGAGAAAGGCCACGGUGAUCAACAUUCUUGCAUGGGGAGCCAUUCGUGUACAGAAAAUUGCAGUUAUUGUGCUCGAGAAGGAGACAGCUUAAACUUAUGCGGGGAUUUAGCAGGGCAUGAAGGAAAUCACAACUGCAAAAAGAAAAAUCAUACAUGUGGCGAGAGCUGUUACUUAUAUGGGACGUCUUCAAAUUGUAAUGACCGAUGUUCUCUGGGGCCAGGGCACCCUGGCCAGCACAAGUGCAAUUCUCCUCAACACAUGUGCAGCGCAAAAUGUUCUCUUCCAAGCUGCAAUAAUCCCUGUGCUGUGGCUAUUGAAUCCAACCAUGAAACGCAUCAGUGCCAUGAGAGAUAUUGCCAGAGCAAAUGCAUGAUAGAUGAGUGCAGCAGGACAUGUGGGGUUAAAGACCAUUUCCAUGAUUUGGAUCAAAAUGCAGAGCACUUGUGUGGUAAUGAGCAUGCUUGCAGCCAUGAAUGCGAGAUGCCGGGAAUAUGUGAAAUCUUCACUGAGCUUGUCAAACAAACCCGGGUUUUUCAGGGCCAACGGGGAUCUUUUGAGUAUGAACUUGUGUCGGAGCAAAAUGGCCUGCGCAAAUGCUGCUGCAUUCCCAUUCCUCCCUACGAAAGAAAUCAUCAAGGUCCGCAUGUUCACACAAAAAAAGAAGAUUCUGUGCACUAUUGUGACACCAGAUGCCAAUCUUGUGGUUACUUCUGCCAGCUCCCAAUUGAUCACUCAAGCUUACACGAUACAGUGCAUGGCAAUAUGAGAAAUGCAACAUUCAUUUCAGAGGGUGAAGAUAUUGAUAUUCAAGACCGCAAGUAUAAAUGGGGAGAGUUGGGGGAAGCGGAAAUGUGUAACAUGUAUUGCAAGAAACAGGGUCGGGGUCAUAUCCAUUUGGUUCCCUGCAAAGGCUCUGAGAUGUGCACUAGCAAUCUCUAUGAUGGUGCCAGGCACGAAACUGUGAAAUAUGGACCUGAUGUGCAUGUUCCCAAAGAUGAGAUGACUCAUGAGACUUAUUGGCAAUAUGUUAGGUUUGUUGAUCCUUGCACCCAAGAAGAGAGGGAAGAUUUUGACCGUUGUAAUCACUAUUGUAAAUCUGAGGAGCAUGAGGCAGAAGCGGGAGGUGCUUCUGACAAAUCAUAUUGCACUGAGAAACUCUGGCACGCACCUAUAAAGAGUAGUGGACAGAAUUUAAGUUCUGCAGGGUAUAUAACUGAUGAUGGCCAUCAUUUUGGUUGUGAUCAUUCUAAGAAUGUCCCUCACCAUGCCAUAUUUAUCAUUGACAGAUCAGGUUCGAUGGACUCCUCAGACAUUAUGCCCACUAUGGCAAAGUUCAAUAACCAUAGUUGUAGGCUUGGAUGCGUGUACGAGUCUAUUCUGAGGUUUAUACAGGCCCGCCUUAGAACAGUUUCUGAUGAUUCUGUAUCAGUGGUUCUAUUUGACACAAGUGCAUCUGUCCCAUUGGAGAUGGAAGAUUUGGAAGAAGGUGUUGUUGAUCGCCUUCUUCCGUAUUACCCAGGUGGAGGAACUACCUAUUCAUCAGGGUUGGAUGCUGCAGAGAAAAUAUUGAUGAAAGGAGCCGGGCACCACCUUGUGGACGUUAAAAAACCAGUAGUUAUCUUCCUGAGCGAUGGGGGAAACAAUGGUGGAGGGGAUCCCCUGUAUUAUGUGGACAAAAUGAAAAGAGCAGAUCCUAGAAUGAUACUUCAUACAAUUAUGUUCGGAAGGGAUCCCACAAUGAACCUCCUUAUUGAAAUGGCAAAGAAAGGAGGUGGAACCUUUGAUCAAACAUUAGAUGAGAUUCAGUUAGCCCGUAGCUUUGAGAAUCUGGCCGAAAGUUUCAAACCCCAAGUUGCAGCGUUGAUGUAAGAGGCAUCCCCUGUCUUUGAUGCUUUUUAAAGUUUUAUUUUAGCGACUAUAUGCUUUUUAAAGUUUUAUUUUAGCGACUAUCUAGCUCGCUUGUUUUAUUCAUCUGUUUAGUUUUUGAAGUUUGUUGUUCUGGUAGCCCCACUAACUAUUUAUAAAAAAUUGCUACCUGUGUAGUAGUCUUUGUUGAUACUAUUAAGCACUAUACAAUGUUUAGAGGCCAGUUUAUAAUAUGAUUGUGUGUGGUAAUUACUCUUUCUUGUUUAAUAUGAUUAUUUAUAUGGUAAUUAAA